AUGUCUUGGGAUAGCUAUUUUGAUGAAACAUCUCCUAAAAACUACCGAUUUCUGGAUUUUUAUAAGCAUCGCGAAAAACAACCAAACUUUACAUUCUCUUUUCAGAAAGAGGCAGACAAAUUUCGGAAGAGUCUGGAGUCGUUAGCUAAAGAUGGUCGUUCAGAAGAUAUGAAGGAGA